AUGCUUUUUCAUUUAGGGAAGCCAAUUGAAGAAGUUGUCGCCCUAAAUGUCAAUCAGAAUUCAUCUGUUGAUCAAGCAAAGAGACAGAUAUCGAAAAUUGUCUUAAUUCCAGCAAAUUGUAUUCAAAUCAGCUUCCAAGAUAAAAUUCUUCCCGAUGAUUUUGUAUUGAAAAACAUUUCUUCGCAAGGAAGUACUCCUCUUGAUUGCCAAUUUCUUGAUGUUGCUCGUGAUCAAAAUCGAAUUGCUGUUGAACCGCCACCAGAUAUCCUAACAAGGGUUCAAUAUCUGGUUAAUAUGGGAUUUCCAAUCAGAAACGUAUACGCGGCUCUCAUGGAAUCCAAUUAUGAAACUGAAAAAGCUAUUCGACUUUUACUCCAAGGAAUGACAAAUAUGCAGACUAAUUCUCAAGGUGCAAUAAGUAAUGCUAGCUCAUGGAAUAGUACAAAUCAGCAAGGAAACGGAAUAAAAUUACCCCAGAUUUCAGCUCAAAGCCCAGGAAUAAACUUCCGUCAAUUAAAGCCACAAUCAGAACUUUAUUCUUCAUUAUCGUUAUCUCCUCAAAUUGUUUAUCUUUUAGAAAACGGAAUUUCAGAAGAUAUGAACUAUAUCACGUUUAUAGAGCAACUUAAUUCAAAUCUUCCGCGUACUACCUUAGAUUGCAAACUUCUCGUGCAAGAAUAUAAAGAUAAAAAAGGAAAUAUUGAUGAAGUCGUAAAACUAUUUCCCGGUUAUACGAAAGGCUAUCUUGUCUGGAUACUAAAUACCAUUUGCCGAAUGAUGUCCGGUCGAAAUCAACUCGGAACAAAAUGGACUUAUCAUGAAGAAAGGUUUUUGUCAGAAAUGUACCACCUUGGAAUCAUUGGCCAAAAGGUUGAUAUUAUACUCAAGAAAAGUAACGAAUCUUCCACAAAAUGGAAAAAUGUGAAAAGAUUUUUGAAAUCUUCUCCACAACUCGAGUCUUUUCUUAACAAGUCCCCUUCUUGUGCCAUGUUCGAUCCAGGCUAUGAUAAAAUUGGCCUCCCAAUUUACUUAAAUAACUUAAUCAGAAUUAUUAAAAAUGUCGGAGGAAUUUCGCUUGAAGAUGCCCUUAAAUACAAACAAUUCAUUCAAAGCCCGCAAGAAAUCGAAAAUUUCUCGAUCUUUUCCAAAAUCGCAGCAAAGAACCAACAACAAGCUCAAAAUACCCAGCAGCCACUCAACACCGCAGUCUCUACAGCUCAAAUCAAUGCAGCGAGUAACCAAACGACAGCUUCUUACCAGAAACAGAGAGAGGCUUAUCUGAUACAGCAGAUAAAUCAGAACAACGCUCAACAGAAUAUAUCUAUGCAAAAGCCUGUCAAUUCUCAGGUUUCGAAUAAUCAAAAUCAAAAAACUCAAAAUACACCACAGCCGCCAAGCAACAAACAACCGAAUACACCUAUACAACAGAUUUCGAAUCAAAUAAAUACAAAUACGAGCGUUUCAACUCAAAAUCCAAGUUUUAAUCUUGGAUUCAAACAAAAAUCUACACAACUAAGCAGUACAAGUAAUGGAUUAGCUAAUGAAACACAGAGUGCAUUGAAAGAAGCCCAGAAUUCCGAAAAUUCAGAUAAUUCUGUGAAAGAUACUAAAAAUUCUGCCAGUAAUACAAGUUUAUCCGACCAAAAACCAAAAGAAUCAAUUCAACCUUCGCAAUUUUACAAGGAUUUGGCGAAUUCAAAAGAAGCCAUCGGCCAGGCCAUUAAUGAUCCAAAUAUCAGUCCUGGGGCCAAACUGUUAUUGGCUCGUUUGUCUCAGAAUCUUCCAAAACAGCAAAAUUCCCCAAGUUCUGCACUUCAAAUCCAAAAAGUUGAAGAAACUCCAAAAGAAAGCACAGAUGACACAAGCAAAGAUGAUGAAGAAGCAGAUGAUGGCGAGCCGAUUCUUAUUUCAGAGGAUAUAAAGAAAUCUGAAGAUAAAAAGAGCGAUGACAUGAUAGAUACUGACAAUUUGUUAUCUCUGCAGAUCAAAUCAGGAGAAUCCGAUGGUAUUGAUUCGAAUUUGAUUAAUUUGGCAAGUGAAGAUUCAGAAAUUUCGGCAAAACCUGAAGAGAAAGAGCCAGUAAAGAAAGAAGAAGAGGAAGAAGACAUUUCCGAUCCGGUUUUGAUAUCAACAGAAUUUCCAGAAACAGAAGAAAAGCAAAAACCGAAAAAUAAUAAUUCAUCUCUCAUCGAAACCCCAACAAAACCAAUAGCAACUGUAUCUCAGUACAUACAGACACCACUUCCUCCAAAAGCAAAACCAAAGAACCCUCUCAAAGCCGAUUUUGAAACCAAAUACGGAAAAGCCCCACAGCCUCCCAUUGAUUUCGAGUAUCUUAAGCAGAAGAUGGCCUUACAAAGUAAUUCACAGCCUCCAGCAUCAAAAAGUGUAAAAGAUUCAGAUUCUGAGACUCAAAAAACUAACAAAAGCUCAACAAAUCCACCGAAUACGCCAAGAAAACCAGUUGUUCCUGAAUGGGCUCAUCAGGAUACCACUCACACUCCUCAGCCGAGAAAGGCCAAAAUGCCAAUUCCGCCGCCACCUCUGAAACCUCCUAGUUUAACUCAGCAGCUAUUAAUGCGCCAUGCCCAGAUCAACAUGCUCGAUUACAACCAAGUCCAACAGCUUUUGAUGCAAAAUGCGAAAAUGAGUGACGGAAAACCACUGACAAAGGAACAGGAAAUCAUCAACUCACUGCUGACACUUCGUCUGUUGCAGCUGAAGCAGAUAAAUCCAGCUCCACCACCUCCUUCUUUGGCCCAAGAAUGCAAGGCGAAAGGAGUUCACAUGCAGUGGACUGUUGAAGAGGAAAAAGUCAUAAUCCAGCAGCUGAUUUUCAACAAGAUGUCGAAGUACAAGUGGAAGAAGAUCGCUGAUGUGCUGCCAGGAAGGAAUCCUAAAGGUGUUGCAAGGCAUGUGCUGAGGAUGAUAAAGGAUUACGUCGAUGGAAAGAAACCAGAGCUGUUCAUUCCACAGGACAUAAUUGAUGAGUACAAGGAACAAGUAAUUAAAGAAUACCCGUCAAAGGCGGAAAUGUUCUCAAAGAAAUACAAUGAAAGAACUGGAGCUAAUGAUGGUGAGGAUGGAUCAGAUGAGAGUGAGAAUGACGAGGAAAAUGUUGAAAAGGAUGAUGAAAAUGAGGAAGAAAAAUAA